GAAGACACGCCUAUCUACCAUGCAACUCUUCUUCUUGGAGCCCGUUGGUGAACCAAAAGGCGCCCACACCCGACAUGCUUUGGGCCAGAUAAGAAGGAGAGCUGGCGCCAAUCCAAGGCUGGAAGGCGGCGCUUUGGGGAGAAAUUGCUGUACCUAACAUUACGGCCUGGCGGGAUGGCUUGUUCGCGGGACUGGGCGGCGGAGAGGAGGAAGGACCAGCAAGACUAUAUUUUGGAACCACUUUCCCUGCCAGAAAGUCCAGGUGGCAUUUCUGCUGAAGAAGAAUCUCCAUCUGUGCCUUGUCUAUUCUGUGAAGAAUAUUAUCCAAUAUCAGAACAAAAUCAAAUUCUAAAACACAUGAUCAUAAAACACAAGCUUAUCAUAGCAGAUGUCAAGCUGAUUGCAGAUUUUAGGAGGUAUUUAUUGUACUGGGAGAAAAGAUUCAGAGAACAGCCUAUUGCUAACUUCUGUUGUAUAAUAAGGACAAACUCUGAAGCAGCUUUAGAGGAUCAGGAUGAUUAUUUUCUUUUAUGUGAUGCCUUACCUGAAGACAGAGAACUAAGGGAGAAACUUCAACAACAAAGACUGAAAGAUAUUCUGGAUCAGCAGCAGCAAGAAAGAUAUGAUGCAGAUUUUCAUUACAUAUGCAUGUUUUGUGACCAGCCUUUUUCAGGCAACAGAACAUUACAUAAACCCAGCCUGGGGAGAUACGGGGAGCUGAGGUCAGUCCUUCUCAAUCACAUGACAAAAGAUCAUGCAUUCAAUAUUGGAUUGCCAGAUAACAUUGUGAACUGUAAGGAGUUUUUGGAUGUUCUUCAGAAAAAAAUUGACAGUUUCCAAUGUUUAUACUGUGAAAAAACAUUCGAGGAUAAGAACAAACUCAAGGACCACAUGAGGAAGAAGCAACAUCGUAAAAUCAAUGCUAAAAACCAAGAAUAUGAUAGAUUUUAUAUUAUUAAUUAUUUGGUAAGUUGUAUGUAUACAUAUAUAUUUAACUGAUAUUUCCUUUUAAUUAUGUUGAAUUCAUACCAAGUUAUAUUUUAGAUCAUCAAUAAAAUACCAACUAUUAAUGUUCUUCAUGCACAGACCAGUAAUCAUUUAACUGGAUUCAAUCAAUCAAAUGACUUUGUUUCAGUUUUUGACUAACUAAAAGUGGCUAUUAUUGGCUGUUAAUUUGGGGCUACAGAAUCAAUUGUAGGGUUACAAAAUCAAUUGUAGGAUUAACAGCUAUAUUUAAGAACAGCCUAUGCUUUUAAGGCAAUUGCUACAAAACUGUAGUAAUGACAUAAAUUAUAAAAGCUACUGUGAAAUGACUAUGGAACUCAGAACUCAAUUAUAAUGCUAUAAAAUCAUAUCAGAUUAUAAUUUUUAGAUUUUAAAAAAACUAAGUUUAUCAAUUUUAAAAUAAUAACUAUAAGCAUAGUAAAAAUAAGGUAUAAGAAAUGAUUCUGUGUUAUCUGUAACAUACCAUAACUGUUGGGAAUUGAGAAUUUUACACACGAUUAUGUCUUUUUGUUUCUGUUAUUCAGAAUUAAAGUACUUUUUCCUUGUUGUUAACCUUUACCUUAGAAUUAAUGUCAAGAAAUCGUCCCACCUUUUUGAAUUAAUGGAUGCUUGACUAAUUGCUUGGCAUCCGUAGGUAGUUGAUAUAUACUUAUAUAAAUACUCUCAGGUUCCAAAUCUUUAUUAGUUAAUACAAUGUAUUACAAUUCUUCAUUUGAGAACUCUUGCAAAUAAUUAAUAUUCACCUAGCAAUAUUUUAAGUUGUUUAGAAUAAAUAUAGUAGGUGUACAAAACAUGUACUAUGUUUCAGUCCUAGUAAUUUGUGAGGUUUAGAUCCUGUUGACAUUUCUGGAUUCAUAAAAUGAAGAGGUAAUUUGUUUGAAUAUAAAUACUUUGCCAUUUUAUAAUUUUAGGCAAUAUGUAUUCCUCCUGCAUUAAAUCACAUGUUUUAAAUUGGCAAUAAAAGGCCAAGCUCCUGUCACAAUGUCCAAAGAUCACAUAGUAGCUAUGUAUUCAUUUUUUUGCUGGAUCACUUGCAAUACCUACAGAAAUCAAAGUAAAAAUUCCCAGUGAUAAAACUGAAAGUCAGGAAAGUUAAUCUAUACCACCAGAUUAUGUACCUUGUUCAUUCUUAAGUAUUGAUACAUGUGUGUCUGUAUGUGUAUCAGUUAGGUUGAACUGUCUUUGGUUAAAAUUCCCUGCAGGGCAGUUUACAAAAUAGCCUCUGUGUAGUCUCAGUAUGCCAAGAGAAAGAAGCAAGCAUGCAAUAAGAAUUACCAUCUGUGAGCAUGUAUAUAGAGAGUGAGGUAGCAUCAUCCUCUUUUCGCUUUUAUGACUUCAGUGAGAAGGAAAACCUAUUGCCCUUUGGUGUUUUCUAUAUUGGGCCAUCUGCCAGGACUAUCUGUCUGAUACAAUUGAUCUUUGCAUCCUUCUAACAGAACAAAAAGAUAAGCCAUUAAACAACCCAAAAUUGCAAAAUUAUCUUAGAGCUGGAAAAAACCAAGAAUUAAUUAAAUUUCUGAAACAUUUUGAUAUCAUUACACCACAAGCCCUUUAGAAGAGAAGAACAUGUCAGACCUGCCCCACUUUUUGACUUCUGCCAGAAGAAGGGCAGCAGGAUCUCACUAGAGCUCCUGCAAAUUCUCCAGCACUGGAAAUGGAGAAUCCACCACUGGGUUUAGAUUGUAUUCCUGCCCAAUCAGAUCAAGUCAGCUAAAGCUGCCACGCCCAUCCUGGACCAUAGAGAUCCCAGUCUUGACUUGAUCUUGCCCAGGAUAGACAUGCAGAUUUGGCUCUAGGCAGGUACAGUCUCUGUAAGGACCCACCCCACUUUGCAUUUUAAGAAGACAGAACUCUUGGAAUAAUUCUUCCAACAGGAAUCCUUUAUUAAGAAAAAGUGGUUGCAGGC